CAGGAACGAGUUCUACGAUUUUCACUCAACCUAUUGAUGGCUCCUUGUUUCGCUUGAAUUUAACCCAAUUUAUAACUGGAUUUCAGGGCAUCAGUCGGGCAGUGUUAUCCCCAUCCGUCUGGUUUCCCAGUUUCCAUGUUUGCCCUCGCUUUUUGUUGCGCCUCAUUGGGCAAAGCGCGCUUAGAGCGUGUUUCUGAUUGUUGGCAUUAUCUCCGGGUCCGGUUGCCACGUCCUGCGGAAUGAGGCGGGAAUUUCUGCCCGCACACACACACUAACUUCAUGCUUCCUGCAUACACCGAAAGAAUGGAGGUGAGCUUAUCAGACACUAAAACGUUCGACUUUCGAGUUAAAACAAUAAUGAGCUGUUUCACAUUUUCAUCCGUGUCCUGCUGCCCGUUGCCGUUGUCCGAUUCUUGGACUUUUGGGCUGGCUUUGUGGCCUUUCGAUCCGAUCCGAUCCGAUGCGAUGCGAUGCGAUCCGCUCCGGUGUGUGUCAAAGCAUAUUUGCCAAUUGGCUGCGCUUUGUGCCCGGCAAAGUCGGCAAAUGCCAGCGGGCCGAAAGUCAGCCAGGCGGUGGUGGCGGGCAGACGAAAACGCAUGGGUAAGGAGGACCAUCGACCGAAUGGGGUGCACAAUUAAAACUCCAUUACAGCGCUCUUGUCCUGCUUCUUUCUGAUUUUGCCUGGCUUUUGGCCCCGGGGUGUCGGUUUCGCCCCUGCCAUUUUCAGCAUUUCCUGAGCUUUCGAUUUUCCAUUUCCACUCCCGACUUCCGCAGCUUGGCCGCAACAAACGGUUCAAUCAAUGGACAAUAGGGAACCUGAUCCGAAAACCCCAAAAACAUUGCAGCUAGUUUUUUCCCCCACCAACAUCGACAACGAUUUCCAGAAUGGAACGGAUCCCUGAUUUGCUGUUUUUGGGAUUUUUUUUUUGGUUUUUUUGGUGGCAUGUUGUUUUCACUGCGGCUUGCAGGUGCCAAAUAUUCCGAAGUGCUAAGCUUGUUUAAGCUUUAAUUUGCCAUUUAAUUAGUGAGCCCAUUGAGAGCUGCUUAGUGCUGAGGAAAGCUGGGGCAGCACAAAGAAAUUCAGUCGAGUGCAAAAUGAAAUUAGCCCGAAAUGCCAUGGAUUAAUUGAACAAAGUUGUCCCGACUAAUUCGAUAAUUGAUCGCAAUUAAUUGCCAGUUUUUUGCAUAUGUACUCAAUAAAUAAUCGCCGGCUCAAUUCGAAUGACCAUCGUUGGCCACAGGCAGCAUCAUUAAAUAUUUUGGUGGUAAUGUGAUGGGUGGGGGAAAGUGUCUGUGAUUGGCAUUUGACCUGGUACGCGGCAAGUUCAAAGCCGCCGUUAGACAGCCGCCGGGUGAAUAAGUGGAAUUUAAAGCACUUUCCUUUCCAAUUUCCACGUACAUAUGUAUGGUAUGUUUUCAUAUUUAUGUAUCUCAUGCCAGUGUAAUUAAUGAAAUUAUUUUAUUUGCCAUGCAGUGCAUUUCGCACUUUCAUUAGUCCAAGUCAAAUUAUUUCUGUGGGGUGCUUUUCAUCGAUUUUUGCCCAAUUUUAUUCUCGAGCAGCAGCAGGACAAUAGAGAAAUUAUUUGCUCAGUUUAAUUGUAUAUUGCUAUUUGAUUAGUGCUCCAAAUGAUAUGCAUCUCUGUUCAGAUUUUCCAACGUAUGUAUUUCACAGAUUUUCCAGGCUCUUCUGCUGCAUUUCAAUUUGCAUCUGGACUGAGCGUGAUUCCCCAAUAAAUAACUAUGUACCCGUAUACAGUACAGUAGUUACUGGCUUAAAGGGACGCUAAACAAUGACUGGAUCGUGCCUUUUGCUGGGCAAGACUGCUUAUCAUAAAUGACAAAUCUAGAAGUGAAUGCGAAUGCUAAACGACCAACUAAAUGGGCCAAAAGACUCUGGAAAAUGGGAAAAUGUCUGGCGCUCCAAUUUUCCUGCAUUUGGUGUAAAUGUAAAUGUAAACGAUAUAAUCGCCAGUCUCCAUAUUCUUCCUUUUCUUUGCCAUGGAGUGGGUUGCUGCCCCCCAAGUUGAAGCCAAAAUGGAAAACAGCUAACAGUCAACUGAAAGUUUAAGUGCUGGGAAAUUCCAGGGUAUAACCCAAAGUUUCAUGUGUUUCGUAUGAUUUUCCAAAUUCAGUUUCAUUCUGUCUAGAAACCUUGUUCAGAUUACUCACUGAGCAGAUACGACAGAUUACUCUUAAAUUCUAUUUUCACCAAGCAUUUCCCUUGGAAAUUUGUUGUGGCAAUGGCGCGUUACCUGUACGCUGACCACAUUUUGGAGGCCUUCAACGUAUUCCGUCGCCCACUCAACCUGGACGAGGUGGCCUCGUAUGUGGCCGAAAUGGAGGCCAAGGCUGUUGACGAGGUGCGACUGGCGGUGGAUAACACGCUGACCGCCGGCUGGAUGCACGGAUUCCUGGCCAUAGAGGACGGUCUGUUCACGCUGGCCUGCGGCUACUGGGACGAGACGCAGCCGUCUGGCGGCAAGAGAGGGAGACGCCGCACAGCGAAAGCAAUGCUAAGGAGUUAAUGGUGAAUCUAUCAGAAUCAAAAGUCUUGUCGCUCUACCAUGGUGGGCUUUGCACAAAAAAAAAAUAAUAAUAAGAGAGGGCACAAAAUUGUUUGGAUAAUUUCCGAAAAUUGCUAGAAAUAAAACCGUAAUG